CGUACAGAAGUGCAACAUGACGUCAGGUGUGCUAUAAGAACCGUGUUCACAAGAAGAGCGUGCUGUUAGUUAUCCGCUCCGGAGCGGUCAGGUCCGGUCAUAGCUCUUCCGGGUUAUUAGUGAGUGUUACUUCUUCGUGUUGACCCAAAACGAAAUUUAAAAUGAGGAUAUACUUACUGUUGGCGGUAAUUUCCGCUACGAUAAUAGCGAUAAAUUCGAACCCCGUCGUCAUAACGGCGCACGAGGAUUCGAAGUCGGUCGCGUCACCGGAAGCUAUCGCAUCUGAAGGGAAGAUUCAGGAGGAAUCUACGGGUGUAUUUAAAAAGGACGCGGAGGCGGAAGCUAGUGCGGUGAAGUCGACUCCUGAGGACGCUUCGCAGCCGCUUGUCGCGCCAGCCGGUGAGAAGCCCAAGGAAAAGGGUAGGCAGUCGGGUAGUGAAGAUGACGAUGACGACGACGAUGAUUUGGGCAUCGGGGAUGAUGAUGAUGACGACGACGACGACGAUGACGAUGAUGAUUAUGGGCUUGAUGGGUUGUUUGAUGACUUCUUAGGAGAUGACGACGAUGACGAUGAUGACGACGACGAUGAUGACGACGAUACUCCGUCUUCACAACCCGCUCCAGCGCCUUCACAAGUAGUGGAACCUGAAGAUUUAUCCCCAGAUGAAGAACUCAACGCGGUGGAGCAAGCUGAAGGAGCAAGCGACGGUACGGAGGCUGCUGAAGAAGUUGUAGUAUUAAAAGACCCGACGGAAGUAGCGUCGCCCACCAUUACAAAUAUAGUUUACGAAACGCAACAAGUACAGGACGACGACGACGAUGAUGACGAUGACGACGACGACCUAGAGGAUUUAACAGUCGACGAUGACGAUGACGACGACGACGACGACGAUGAUGACGACGAUGACGAGACUGGCGUAGAAGACGUCCUCGACGCCAGGAAAUCACGUUCGUACGUGCAGAACCGUAUGCCUUCAGUGUACAUUGCCAAAUAUAAUCGAUUCCUUGACACGAUUCUCACGCGAAUCAACAAAAUUCUCGCCUCAUCCUACGAUCCAGUCAGAGUAAAGCUUCAAACACCCGAUUCGAAGAAGAAUUCCAAGACGAAGAGUGGUAACAAGAACAAGUCUAAGAAGAACAAAAAGAAGAAUCCAAACAUAUCGCGAGUAGAUAUGCCGGACGGUAGGCACAAAAUGGCUGAGAUUCCCAUCGCGAGGUCCACGGAGAGCGAACUUUCAUUCGUCCUCGUAUCCAAAACGGGCAACAACUCAACUAGCGAGAAUCGAGCGGUACCCGCCAAGAACAAAAAGCGCCGACGUAACAAUAAAAACAAAGGCAAAAAGAAUACUAAAAACAAAUCGAACACGAAGGCCGCGAGGAAAUCGCAGAAGGCUCGCGCGACCCUCUACGGCCUAAGCUCGAUCCGACGAGACGGCGACGUCAACGUUAACGUCGCCUCGAAUUACACGACGGUUAAAACGAAUUUCGUCAUCGGUCCACUCACCCUUCGAGUCGAAAGGGAGUUCAGCAACGGCGAGAAACGCGAAAUGAAGAGCGCAACGGCGGUGACUAACGAAAUGCACGGCAGAUUAAACCUGCGAAUAGUCCACGGAGAGGCGGCAACCUUGCACAGCAUUCGCGUUUUGCAGCCGAAACAGGUGCGCGUCGAAAGUAAAGAUAAUCACGACAAGACCAGCGAAUACAUUUGGAAACGGAGCUCACAUAUUGCGCACGUAGUAUCUAGCAAGCUGGCGAAGGCGGCAAAAUCGAUGCUUCGACCCCCGCCAUCUAGCGAAUAAUUGAACUACUAGACUUACACUAUUUAUUUGCUAAUUUAUUUAUGUAGGGUUAAGCAGGAGAACGAAGUAAACGUUUAAUUUAGAAA